AGAAGAACGUUGUGGAUGCACGUAGGAUUUAAAAGUGUGGAAUUAGCAGGGGACAUCAGUAGCUGUCUGUGUGGACAGACUGAGAAGGACAUAACCAUGGAAUUUCCUUUUAUGAUCCAGAUGCUUGGUACACCCUGUCAGGUAUCUAAUACAAAGCAAGAACCAACAGCCACCAUGUCUAGCAAAAGAGCAAAGACGAAGACCACCAAGAAGCGCCCUCAGCGCGCCACUUCCAAUGUGUUUGCCAUGUUCGAUCAGUCGCAGAUCCAGGAAUUCAAGGAGGCCUUCAACAUGAUCGACCAGAACAGGGAUGGCUUCAUUGACAAAGAGGACCUGCACGACAUGCUCGCCUCCCUUGGAAAGAAUCCAACGGAUGAAUACCUGGAUGCCAUGAUGAAUGAGGCUCCAGGCCCCAUCAACUUCACCAUGUUCCUCACCAUGUUUGGUGAGAAGUUAAAUGGCACCGACCCAGAGGAUGUAAUCAGGAAUGCUUUUGCUUGUUUUGAUGAAGAAGCAACAGGGUUCAUCCAGGAGGACUACCUGCGGGAGCUGCUGACCACCAUGGGGGACAGGUUCACGGAUGAGGAGGUGGAUGAGCUGUACAGAGAGGCCCCCAUCGACAAGAAGGGCAACUUCAACUACAUCGAGUUCACGCGCAUCCUCAAACAUGGAGCCAAGGACAAGGAUGACUGAGCAAGUCCCUGGAUACCUGCACAUUCUCUACAUUUAUGUUUAUUUUUAAUGGUUUCUUCCUGAUAGAACUUGUUGCAUGCAUUUAGCUCCAAAGCUUUUGUCUUUUUCAAUAUAUUUAUCUAUUCCAGGCCAUUUAGGCACAUUUGCACCUGUAAUCAGACUGGAAGCAGGGAAAAUAUUUUGAGGGAAAGGCUACAGGAAAAACAUUCCCUGGAAUUGAUAGUCCAGGAAAAUAAUCUCAAGAUUCCUGGUUUUGCUGGAUUUUUACAUUUUUGUAAUAAAUGCCAUUUUGAAAUAAAGAUUGCUAUAUAGAUAAAAUACCUCAAAAUCUUUUGUGAAGAAUGAAAUUUCUAUUACACAUUUACAAAUGCAAGUGCGUUCAUUGUAUUUUUCUUGCCGUUGCAAGUCAAGCUGGAAAACUCAUUUUCAUGGUGUUUUGUUCAGUGUCAGAGUUGUUCUGAAAUGCUCCUAGCAGCAUCUGCUGGCAUCUUUAAAAAUGCAUCUGCAGAAGUCUUUCAUCUCAGGUUUUUGAAGCGGGAUCUGACUACUGUGUAAGUAGUUAACCAAAUAAAUGGUUAGGGAAGACUGUUACAAUUGCCUCAUGGCUAGUAGAGAACAUUUGAUUCUUAAGCAGAUACUAUGCCCAGCUUUUGCUUCCUUUUAAUAUUGAUGAGUUUUCUAGCAGUACUUUCAUGUCAAAGUGGGCAUUCUUUGCUAAGUAACGGGGAAUUAGGCAUAUUUUUUCCCUUCUGCUGAAGGAAGCUUGAGCAAAAGAGUCUGUGCUGGCACUAAUUAACAGCAAUACAUGGCCAGAAAACUACACAAAGCUUUAUUUUUCUACAGCUAAUUGAUUUGCAUGUGAGAAUGUGACCAAGUCAUUCUGAGAAUUAACUGGUAAAACCUAUAGGUGGUGAAGUUGCUCUCACUUUUUAAAUUAUAUACAUACUCCUCAGAUGUAUUGGCAAGAUGGCUUUUAACCAAGCACAGUUAGUCAUUCAGAACUGGUUGUGCUGAUGUUGUCUCAAACACAAAGAAAACAGGAGGAUUGUUCUGUUAGUUCUUAGUAUGACCAUGCUUUUCUGUGUGCCUCAUUCUCUUGGCUACUGCAAGUUAGAAAGCAGGAGGAGAAUUUAUUUUGCCUAUGUAUUUAUCAAUUAAAACAAUGACCUUUUAUCCAGAAACUUGCCCUCAGCUAUAUCACACAACUUAAGACCCCAAGGAGUAGAAAUUCAGCACAAGGGAUUGUAAAGGCUCUGACAGCUUAUCCUGUAAGGUGGGUUUGUCUCAUUCCAUGUGUGAUAGCAUGAAGGCUUGGUUACUUAAUCUUGCAUGUGUUCCCAUAUGGCAACUCUGAAAGAUAUUCUGGCUUCAGGUUUGUAAAUAACUUGACAAAGUAUACUCAGUUGGCGUACUUGGACUAUUUUUUAUUUUUUUAUUCCAGGGUCGUUUUUUCCACUUACGGGCUUAAUUAAAAUUGAGUUUUCAACCAUUCUUUUCCCAGUUUUGUGUUUUAUCUGCUAACAAACUUACCCUCACUUUUUCUCCUACCUACAUUAUAUUCUACACUGCUUUAGGUUGUCACAGCUGCUUCAUUUAUUGAAAGUUUGCUUUUUAACUGUCUUGGUGGUCUUCAGUAAUGGCUGCUGAGUUAUUUCUCCAUGUGACACCUGCAAGGUUCUAGGAAGUAGUUUACAAGUAUGCAUGGAAGUUUUCACCAGCAGUGCCCUUGUGACAAAGAUGAGAGAGUGGAGAUUUAGGAAGCUGUCUUGUAGAAACGUUGCCAUGUAACGUUAGGCUGGAGAACAAGUUAUGCUGUCACUUUUUUAGACUGAUCUUGUCACUGCUGCAACUCAGUACUGUGUGCAUACAUGCCUGCUCGAAGAACAGAUGUAAGAUAUUUUUUCCCUUUGAGUGUCUAAAUGGCAUUUAGAUUCAGAGAGCAAUUUACUGUUGUUAGGAACCCUGGAUCCCUAAAACCUUCUUUUCCUGAUCCUGUUUUCUCUGUAAAUGUUAGGUGCUGCUAUGUUACACUGAGAAAGCAGCAGGUGUACCAGCUAGAUUUUUCUUGCUCGAAGUAGAAAUUUUAAAAUCAUAAGUAUGAACUACAUAAAAGAGAACCUGGUAUCCUCCUUGAGAGGAAAUUGUCCACUUCAAAAAUAUUCUGUACUGCUGCUUUUGUUUUCUGACCAGCCAGCUGAAAUGUGAGGUGUAGCCAUUUUGUCCCUUGCAUGCUCCCUCUGAGUAGAGGGUGAGACAGAACUGUGCAGAGGUGAAGAUACCUGCUCAGGAAGAUGUGUUACUGAGAAAGAAUAUCCAAGGGUGUGUGACUAUGAUGAUAACCUCCCAAGUUCCAGUUUCCCUGGUUUUUUAUAUUUUAAGAGACCAGUUAACCUGCAAGUGAGCACAAACCCCUUAACUGCUGAGAGGCUCCAAGGCCAACAGCCCCAGCCAAGAGACCAUAUAAGAGCAUCAGAUGCAUUUUGUAGCUAGGCAGGGAGGAAUGUGACAGCUGAGGUUGCGUGCCGAGGGCUGUGGGGAUGUGUCAUCAAUAAUUCACUUCCAAAAAUAAAAAUAACUUUGGUCACUGAAACAGCUUAAAAUUCUGAUGACUUAGCCUUAGCCUUUUGCAGCCAAAAUCUUGGAACCUAAUCUUUUCUCCCUCGGGGUUCAUAUAUAACAGUCUCCAAGCUCCACACCAGAUCAAGCUUAUGAUGAAAAAUUAUUUUCAUAGGCUCAUGCACACAUUUAAUAGUCUUACAUCUACAGUGAUCUAUAAUGCCCUGGGAAGCACUACUGAAAAGCAGUGAUUUAUCUUACAUGACCCACUUACCCUGUUCUAAGGCUACAAACACAGAGGUCAAAAUGAAGCCAAAGAGCUACUGAGGCAGCAUGAGAAACCUCCAAAGAGAACCAUGUUUGUGCUGAGUGCUGCCAGGGAAUGUUUUCCUGCUACCUUUUCAUCGGUACUAUGUUGUUGGAGAUAAAGGUAAUGUGUGGUGUUUUA